AUGGAUUCAGAAUAUGGCAAUCGCUAUGAAAAUAACAAUGAUAACAAUAGUGAACAUUCUGGUAAAACUAUUUUGCUUACAACAACACGACAUCGUUAUAAACUUCAAGAUGAUGGAUACUUUUAUGUUUUUGAUAAGAUGAGUAGAAAUGGGCAGAAGAAGUUUUGGCGAUGCGAGAAAAAGGGUACCUGCAAUGCGAGAAUACAUACUGAUGCUGCAACAAAUGAGGUUUUAAAGCGGACGACACAACACAACCAUCCAUCUAGUUUAGUGAGACCUGAAAUGCAACGAAAAGCUUUAAAACGACAUUUUGAUGGAUCGUCUACAAGUGAUAAAGUUCUAACGAAAAAAACUGCACAAUCUCUUGAAGCUCUUCUUCACGAAAUUAUAAAGACUUCUAAAUUUGAUUUACAUCAAAUCGAAGAAAUUCUAAAGAGUCUGAAAAGAGAAUACAGUGAUAUGAUUUCCCAUUAUGACAUCCAUUCAUCAACAGUUAAUCACCUGAAAUCGACAAGUCCAAUAACAACAACAGCAAUAUUAACAGCUGAUAUGAUUGCAAAAUCAUUUUUGCAAACCAGCAUAAGUUCAGCCAGCAUUGAACAGCAAAUUUCAGCAAAUUCCGGAAUGGAAAAACUGAAUACUUCAGCUGAAGGAAUUGAUGGAUUCCAACCUUUGCUUUAUUUAACCAACGGUGAUUUUAUUUUUUGGAGUAAUGAAAUCAAUGAGAUUGUCGAUGAUGGAACACAGUUUUGCUCCAUGGCAUCAAAUUCAAAUUUAUCGAAAUCCUUCUCUCUUCUAAUAAAAGGCGCCGAAAAGACGGGUAAGUCAUGUCUCGCAGUUUUAAUAGCAAAGAAUUCCGGCAUUCCUUCUAUAAAAAGUUGUCUUCCGGAAAAUAUGUUAAAACUGAAUGAGAAAGCAAAAAAUGAGAAAUUAAUUGAUCUUUUCGAGGAAGCUAUCAAACUGCCACAGUGCAUUUUAUUUCUGGAUAGUAUCGAACUUUUGAUUGAAUAUUGCGAUGUUGGAGAUCGUUAUUCUAAUGUCAUUUUGCAAACAGUCAAGUUGAUUUUGAAGAAAGGUGAAAUGUUGAAGAAUAAUCGCUUAUUGGUGAUAGCAACGGUUACUACUGAAUGUGCAGAAAAGUUUGGCUUGCAGCGUUAUUUCUCAUCUCUUAUUGAAGUACCACUUCUAAUGAAGAUUGACCGAAUAAUGCCAGUAAUCGAAUGUGCCAAUGUAUUGAACAAAGCUGAUUUUGAAGUGCUUCAGGAAUGUCUCAUUCAUGAUGCCAACAGUAGUUAUCCAGUUGGCAUCAAAAGUCUAUUGACCACUAUCGAAUUGACGAAGCAUUCUACUCCAACAAGCCGUUUUCAUACAUUUCUUCGUCAUCUCUUACAGUGGAAACAGUAA